ACAAACUGCAUUCUUCUCACUCACUAAUCUCAACCACCAAAAUUUCUGUGUGUUUACCAUUUGAAUUUCAAAGAAGAAGUGAGAAUUUCGUAUUAAAGGAACAGGAAAAGAAAGAGGGGAAGGAGAUGUUCUAUUCACAGUGUCUUCUUUCCAGAAAUGGACCAUUAAGAGCUAUAUGGGUUGCGGCUUAUUUUCAUAAAAAACUUAAGAAAGAACAAAUUGCUCAGACUGAUAUUUCUUCUUCUGUUGAUGAAAUCGUUCUAAAUGAAUAUACUGUCACGUAUAGAGUACUGGGUUACCUUCUUCUUGGUGUGGUCAGAAUAUACUCAAAGAAAGUCGAGUAUCUAUUUGAUGACUGCCAGGAUUGUCUUGUUAGAAUCAACAUGUACAAAAAAGAGAAGUUACCUAAGGAAUCCAUGUGUGCCCCACAUUCUGCUAUCACUCUGCCAGACACAUUUGCACUUGAUGCUUUUGAUUUAGAAAUUGUAGAAGAUGUGACUGGAAGAUCAGAUCAUGUUUUAGAGCAGGAUUUUAGCAGGGAGAAAUCGAAAACCAACGAGCAAACACUAGAAGAAGCAUGGGAAAUUGCAAGAAAUGCUUACUUUUUGGACAAGUAUCAAGAGGAGGGCACAGCUUCUUUUGCCAGUAGUUCUCACAACGCAGCAAUUGAAGAUCCUCCUUUGUCUCUGGCGGUGGACAUUGGAGUGAGACUAAGCCCGUCACGAAGUGGAUCACAUGCAAGCAUCGAGAAGCUUCAAAACCUUCAGUUUCUUCAAGAAGAUUAUGCAGAUCUUGAAAUGUUCUCUGAAGCGGAUGAACCUCUUACUCCCAGUAAACAAAAUAUGGAAAUGAAUAAUCACGAGGAACGGAUUAUUUCGAUGGAGAUGACACCGCCUGGGAAUGAAAAUCUUCUAAGCGUUCAGCUGCCUCAAGAAGAGGGAUGCUCAGACCUUGAAAUGUCUGUUGAAAUCGAUGAACCUCGGACGCCAAGUAGACAAGUUGAUGAAAUGAGUAGUAAGAAAGAGCGGCAGGUCAAGAAUUUGGAGAUUAGAUUGCCUGGUCUUGGGGAACCUCAUGAUAUUAGUAAAAACCAUCCAGUAGCUUCACCAAUAGACAAAUGUGCUGACAAGUUGUCGAACAUUUUAGGUUAUCAAGGUGAUGCUACCCCAGAGGUCGUUGGAGUUCAAACUCCCGCUAGGAAGGACCAAGGUAGAAGAACAAGGAAGCGAAAAGUUGUAUGGGAUGAUACAGCAGUGUUACCAAAUGAAGUAAUCAAGCAAAGCAUAUAUGACUCAAGUUCAUUAGUAUUUAAGCGGAGAAAAGCUCCAGUGACUGCUCUAGGCACUUGGAGAGCCAACACAGUUCCCAAACUCUGUCAGGACUUUACGAAGCCUUUGAUUCUUGGUUGUUCUUGGCUUGAGGACCUCUUCUACAAAAAGAAAUAUAAGGUCCAACAAGUUGAAGCGGAUAAAGCUUCUAACAACUCGACAGAGAAGGUACAUGAGACACAAUCCAAAUAUUCGGAACAACAUGUAGACAUGGAGGAAAGUUAUGUUGAUCCCCCACCUUUGGCAUCUGUUGGGUUUGUUAAGUGCACCACGUCUAGGGUAUCUGGCGAAAAUGGAGCUGAAUUUUUCAGUGGAAGUGAAGCAGAAGAGAAAGCUGCAACUGAGAUCCCAGACCUUGGGCUUAAUCUGACAGAUGAGGAAAUAGGCCAGCAUGAAGACCAUCAAAAGUCAGGUGAAUUGUCAGUUACCACAAGAAAAUUGGCCAAAUAUCUGUCUGAAAGCUUUCAGAGUAAAAAGGAACAAAACGAGAAGGAAGUUUUAAGUUUGGAACCAAUGCUUGAAGGCAGGACAAAAAGGGAAAGUGCUAAGCUGUUCUAUGAAAUACUGGUGUUGAAGACAUUGGAUAUGAUAAAUGUGAAGCAAGAAGCUCCAUAUGAUGACAUAGUAUUGAUGCCAGCAACUCUGCAAACUGAAAAAAAUCUCUAGAGCUGGUGGUCGUAGACUCGUAGUAGUAUAGGAGGAGAGAUAAGUUUAACAUGCACUGAUGCAGACUUAGGUUUAGCGAGGAGAAACAUGUAUAGUUGUAGAGAGUGAUCACUGAUACCAUGGUUGUUAUCUUUGUAUCCAGGUGGAAUAAUGUUAAUUAACUGUAGAGACUAGUAGUAACCCCGGGUCUUUAAAUCUAAAGACCUGCCUUUUGUAGUAUAUGAAAUUUUGAGUUCUUUAAUUGCAUACAUUAUGAUAUAUCACAUUGCAGAUGUGUUUCAAUUCCACUCAACACACAGUAUUUAAAUUGUAAUUGUAGCUAGAAAAGCCAUAUAAAUCCUAGACUUCUGAUGCCAAAAUAGACAAAAUGAGAUGGUGGGCUUAAUGCUUAGAUGCUUGAUUGUAGGCUCGUCCCAGGUAACUGGUCGCCAAUCGGAGCUGAGUUGAAGGUGUCUAUUGUCCGAGUGCAUCUCAACACACCCAGGAGACCCAUACAGUGUCGAUUACAUAACAUGCAUAUCCCUUAACCAAACAAUUUGUUCACACCGUAUAGCAAGGUGUUUGCCUUUGCGAAAUCCAGUUUUUUCCUGUCUCCUCUCUCCUUCUUUGUUUACAGUUUUCCCCGUCUCCUCUCCGGCUCUCUCGUUCUUCGUACCCAGUGUCGACUGUCGAGCACCACCACCACCGCCGCCACACAGCUGCCACCUUGGAGUUUAAAUUGGUGCUUAGUUUAUUCAAACUUUGAUUCAUUAUACCUUGCCGGAGACAUGGGGAUGAAACGAUCCAGCUACCCAACUUCUAAACCAUUAGAAUCUAGUGUGAAGGCCCAAAAUAUUACAAAAGAGUUUCUCCAAAAGAUUCAACCGCAAGACGUCUUAUGGCUUUGUUUGCUACCUGAGAAAGAGCUUGACGUGCUACUUCUUUUGAAGUCUCUGGUCGUUGGACGUGCAACAUAUGUUGGUCAUGAGCACAUAGCUAAGAAAUUUGACUUGAAAAAGCUUCGAAAGCUUCAUUGUCAUUUGAUGGAUGAGUUCGGAACUCGUCAAUACUGAAUUCUUUAUUCGAUCAAAACGAAGAUCUGGAAGGAGGACAGAUUGAAGAUAAUGACAAGACCCAAGCUAGUCUAAUUUUACGCCUCUCUAAAAUGGGGAAUAACACAUUGAGACGGAUUUACAUCCUUCUGGAAGAAGUAAGUGCUCCAAUAAAUGUUAAAUCGAGAAAGAAGAAAAACAGUAGCAGGACAAGAAAUAAUGAUGUUAGUUUAAUGCAUAGCUUAAAAUUUGGUCUGUAAUGCCUAGAAGACUUGGGGUUCUGAAGAUUUUUUGCAUGUAUGGAACAAUUGAAAACGGUGGCUUUCUUAUAUGAAAUAAUAGAGAGAGAUUCAGGGCUUCUUGUAAAUGCAGAAAUGCUUAUCAGAUAUGUUUUGUAACUAGCGAAAAAACACCCAAAUCUUGUAACAGCUAGACCAUUUCAUCA